CUUCCUCAGAGAGGGGCAUGGCAUCGAACAGCAUCUUCGAUUCCUUCCCGACCUACUCGCCAACCUUCAUCCGCGACCCGAGCACCAGCCGCCGCUUCACACCUCCCUCCACGGCCUUCCCCUGCGGCGGCGGCGGCGGCGGCGGCGGCGGCGGCGGCGGCGGCGGCAAGAUGGGCGAGAACAGCGGCGCGCUGAGCGCGCAGGCGGCCGUGGGGCCGGGAGGGCGCGCCCGGCCGGAGGUGCGCUCGAUGGUGGACGUGCUGGCGGACCACGCGGGCGAGCUCGUGCGCACCGACAGCCCCAACUUCCUCUGCUCCGUGCUGCCCUCGCACUGGCGCUGCAACAAGACGCUGCCCGUCGCCUUCAAGGUGGUGGCGCUGGGAGAUGUGCCCGAUGGAACGGUGGUGACUGUGAUGGCCGGCAAUGAUGAGAAUUACUCUGCAGAACUGCGGAAUGCCUCGGCAGUCAUGAAGAACCAGGUGGCCAGGUUCAAUGACCUCCGCUUCGUGGGCCGCAGUGGGCGAGGGAAGAGUUUUACACUGACCAUCACCGUGUUCACCAACCCCACCCAAGUGGCCACCUACCACCGAGCCAUCAAGGUGACUGUGGAUGGACCCCGGGAACCCAGACGACACCGGCAGAAGCUGGAGGACCAGACCAAGGCGUUCCCCGACCGCUUCGGGGAGCUGGAACGGCUGCGCAUGCGGGUGACGCCGAGCACGCCCAGCCCCCGCGGCUCCAUCAGCACCACCAGCCACUAUAGCAGCCAGGCCCAGACCCCCAUCCAAGGCACCUCGGACCUGAACCCCUUCUCCGACCCCCGCCAGUUUGACCGCUCCUUCCCGGCGCUGCAGACGUUCACGGAGAGCCGCUUCCCGGACCCCAGGAUGCACUACCCCGGGGCCAUGUCGGCCGCCUUCCCCUACAGCGCCACGCCGUCGGGCGGCCUCAGCGUGGCCAGCGUGCCCGCCACCAGCCGCUUCCACCACACCUACCUCCCGCCGCCCUACCCGGGCGCCCCGCAGAACCAGAGCGGCCCCUUCCAGGCCAACCCGUCCCCCUACCACCUGUACUACGGCGCGUCGUCGGGCUCCUACCAGUUCUCCAUGGUGGCCGGCAGCAGCAGCGGAGGCGAGCGCUCCCCCACGCGCAUGCUGGCCUCCUGCACCAGCAGCGCCGCAGCCGCCGGCAACCUCAUGAACCCCAGCCUGGGCGGCCAGAGCGACAGCGUGGAGGCGGACGGCAGCCACAGCAACUCGCCCACUGCCCUGAGCACGCCGGGCCGCAUGGACGAGGCCGUGUGGCGGCCCUACUGACCGCCCGGGGCACGGUGGACGGCUCCCCACGGAGGCGGGGACCCCGCGGACCUUCCCGGCAGGCGGCUGGCCCCGCUCUGAGGCCCAGGCAGCAGUGGGACUUAGCUCCAGGCCGAUCACGGGCCCAGGGACCCCGAGUCCUGGGGCCCGGAGCUGGUGGGGGGCUCUGAGAGCGUCUAGCCCAGCCACGUCGUUGUACAGAUAGGGACCUCCCUCAGGACACUGCCCCAGCCCAGAUCCUCGUCAUCUCAUCCCACGUUCCUGUGGGAAAGCAUCCUCCUGCCGCCUCCCCUGGAAUGACCUGGCUGUCCCCAGCCGUGCCCGGUGCCAUCACAGGGCCCAGGGCCCCUGGGGCACAGACCAUCUCCGUUCCAGAGAGAGGUGGCACUUGCCCACGUGGCUUGGCCUCCUCCCCCCGGGGCCCUGGCAAGACCUCCCCAGCCCCUCACCUUCCCUGGAGACCCUGUAUCCCAUGGGCCUAGCCCUCCCUCAGCAUUUAUACAAAUUGGGUCAGAACUGGAAGGUCUCCCCACCCCUGAGAGGGUUUCCCCUCGUUGUACAGAUGGGGACGGGACCCAUCCAGAGGCCCCAGAGAUGGGAUGAGAACACCCGCACGCCAGUCCCCGCCCCAGCUCUGCUUCCCUAUAGUUCCUAACAGCUCAAAGCUCCCACCCCGUCCCAGCUGUCUGUGGGUCCCAGGCCCCAGAGGAGACUAGCCAAUGGCAGCAGGUCCCUAAAACCAGGAAAGACACCCGCAGACCGGUCCUCCGUGCACUUUACCAGCCCAAGGCGUUCACCCUCUGUUCUCGGGGUGGAGGGCCAGGGAAUCCCCUGCCCCCUAGGCUGGUCUCAGAAUUGCCAUUUUUGGAGAGAGCCCCAGGGACCGGAUAGGCCCUAGCAGAAGGCAUUGGGGUGAGAGGCCGUGGGGGGAGCUUUCAGCACCCCUGUCCCAGCUGGGUCCAGCCAAGCCGUGCCCACCCCCACCCCCAGCCUUGCGGGCAGGCCCAGCGGCUCUUCGGGCCUCAGACCGCUCUGUCUUUAACUAGUCUGUGCUCCGAAAGCAGUCUUGAACAAAAACCAGGUUUUAAAGCUGAUUUUAGAAUAAGGAGCGGGAAGCAUUUUCAAACACACAGUCUCUUAGAGGUGAAGCCCUGCAGUAGCAAACAGCAGCCCCUCUGCCUCCUGAGAAGGUGGCGUGCUCAGGCCCUCCGGCGCCCCACCGUCUCCCACCGGAGGCGCGGGCUGGUGGGGACUCAGGGAACCCCAGGCGACGCCGGGACUCACAUCUGUGGCUCUCAGCCCGCCGCCCCGGAGGAAGUGCAGAGGCAGAGGGCCGCGCGGUGGUACAGAGCUGCGAAGGGCUCACCAGCCUCCUCUCGGCUGUACCCCUGUACUCGGGUGAGCGGCCCCCACUUUGGUCCGCAGAUGGGAAAGCGGGACUUGCCCAGGGGUUCGGGCGACAUGGGUUCUCGUGUCUGAAUUUAGUUCUAAAAAGGCAUAAGUGGAAAAGGACCAGAAAACCUGUAAGGGCUAGACGGCGUGUGGUUUUCAGUCAUCGUUUCAGCCACAUCCUCUGUGGAUGUGACAAUCUGCCCUCCCUCAUCUUCGUGGUCGUCGUCGUCGUCGCCUCUGUGCUAGCUCCCGGCCUGCCGCGCCACCCCCAGCCUGCAGCAGCGGCCAGAUGAUGCACCCCCAAACCCCACCCCGAGUUCGGAAGCCCUGCUGGUGAUCUUACCCAAACCCCUCCUGCUGCAGUCUCUCUGGUCCUGUCCUCACUGGAAAAAGCAGUCUCCCAUCUCGUCAAGAUAGCUGCUGGGGUGUCCUGCUGAGCCCCCGCGCCGGGGGGGCUCUCCACCCCUUCUCAGGAAGCAGCUACAGAUCCACUGCCGUCCUCCCUUCUCCGCUCCUGUCCUCUGUGCCCGCCGCCGCCCGGCCCCAGGCCUGCGUGGGAGGUGCCCCGGGGUUCCCAGGGCCCAGCACUUUGUAGCUCCAGUCGGUUCACCCUGCCCGAUAGCCGAGCCCUGGUAGGGGCAGAGUCAGGAGAGAAAUGCCCCCCCACCGCCACCCCCAACUAGAAGUGAUGACAGCCACGCCACGUCUGUUAAGGCCCACAGUGGGUACAGACGGCCUGGGCUGCUGGGAAGUGGGUCCUUACUUACAAGGCUGCUUUAAGGUCGUCCUAGGCGACCACACUGAUCUAGAAAGCACAAGGAAACAACCAUUUUACUGUAAGCCUGUUGGUGGCGGGUUCGGAUCCUCUGUGACAUAUUGUCACGUCGAGGUGUUAAUACCUGCCACGCACACAUCUUUCAGUAAAACGGCCCAGAGCUGGCAAGAGGGAGGGGGUGGGGUGGAAACUGCUUUGCACUAUAAUUUGCUUGGUGUGUUUGUUUUCAAUGCACAACUUGCUGUACAGUAAACUGUCUGUCUUCUGUAAUAUUUAACUGUAAAAUGGAAUUUUGACUGAUUUGUUACAAUAAUAUAACUGAGAUGUGU